CCUGUCCCCGUACACCUGCUCCCCCAGCGAGCGGCACCCAGCACCGCCCGAGGUGUGAGGGACACUCACUUCCGGCAUCUCCGCCCGUGUGGGAGCAGGUUGAUGACGUGACCGAACACGAGUGAGCACGUGGGACACGCGUGCUGGCGCGGACUCUGACGCGUGUCCGGUGGUGGCAGCGGGACCCGUCGGGCCGAUGGAGCCGCGACCCCCGCCGGCCAAGAGGCUGAGGCUGAGGGCGGCGGCGGGGGGCGGUCGGAGCGGGAACUAUGUGUUCGCUCACAACAUGGAGCAGCAGCGCAGGGAUCUGCCCAUUUAUCGGGCUCGGGCCAAGCUGAUCGGACAGCUCCGUCACCUGGACACCGCCAUCAUCAUCGGUGAAACGGGCUCUGGGAAGACGACACAGAUACCUCAGUAUCUUUAUGAAGCUAGCAUCGGAGGGCAUGGUGUCAUCGCCGUUACACAGCCAAGGCGAGUAGCAGCAAUAUCGCUUGCAGCAAGAGUCUCGGAAGAAAAGAAAACAGAAUUAGGCACAUUGAUUGGAUACACCGUGCGUUUUGAAGAUCUCACGUCACACAAGAGUAAAAUCAAGUUUUUAACAGACGGGAUGCUGCUUCGCGAGGCCAUGGUAGAUCCACUUCUCCGCCGUUACAGUGUUGUGAUUCUGGAUGAGGCCCAUGAAAGGACUGUACAGACAGAUGUUCUCUUUGGCAUUGUGAAAAGUGCCCAGAAAAAACGGAAGGAACUCGGUAAAAUGCCAUUGAAGGUAAUUGUCAUGUCUGCCACAAUGGAUGUAGAUCUCUUCUCGCAGUACUUCAACCAAGCACCAGUUUUGUAUCUGGAAGGGAGACAACAUUCCAUUCAGAUCUUUUACACAAAGGAACCUCAGACUGACUACCUUCAUGCCUCGCUGGUGUCAAUUUUUCAGAUCCACCAGGAAGCACAGCCCUCACACAAUGUCCUAGUCUUUCUGACGGGUCAGGAGGAGAUUGAGGCCAUGAGCAGGACAUGCAAGCAAAUUGCAAAGAACCUUCCACAGGGCUCCUGCCAGAUGUCAGUGUUUCCUCUUUAUGCAUCGCUCCCUCACUUGCAGCAGCUUCGUGUUUUUCAACCAGGACAGAAGGACCGUCGCAAAGUGAUUCUUUCAACAAACAUUGCAGAAACAUCUGUCACCAUUCCAGGCAUCAAGUAUGUUGUGGAUACAGGAAUGGUUAAAGCUAAACGUUACACCCCUGAGAGUGGAUUGGAGGUUCUCGCUGUGCAGCAAGUGUCCAAAGCCCAGGCGUGGCAGCGAGCAGGGCGCGCAGGAAGGCAACACUCGGGAAUCUGUUACCGCCUUUACACAGAGGAAGAAUUUGAAAAAUUCCUCAACAUGACUGUCCCAGAGAUACAAAGGUGUAACCUGUCAAGUGUGAUGCUGCAGCUCCUGGCACUCGGCAUUCCCAACAUUCUCACGUUUGACUUUAUCUCCAAACCAUCUCCAGAUGCUGUGCGGGCAGCUAUUGAACAGCUAGAACAGCUGGGAGCUGUAGAGUGCAAAGACAACCAGAUCAGCCUGACACCUUUGGGGAAGAAAAUGGCAGCAUUUCCUUUGGAACCCAGAUUCUCCAAGACUCUCCUAGUGUCCCCAGAAUUUCAUUGUACUGAAGAAAUCCUGACUAUUGUCUCGUUGCUGUCGGUGGACAGUGUCCUGUACAACCCACGAGCACAGCAGGAUGAAGUGCUUUCUGCCAGGAGGAAGUUCAUCUCCAGUGAGGGGGAUCACAUGACCCUCCUGAACAUAUAUCAUGCUUUCAAAAACAUGCGAGGACAAAAGGAAUGGUGCAGAGAGAACUUUGUCAAUAGCCGAAACAUGACAAUGGUGGCAGAGGUUAGACACCAGCUACGGGACAUCUGUGUGAAGUUCGGAGUUCAUUUGGAGUCUUCCCGUUCGGACACGGGCAAUAUCCGGCGGUGCUUGGCGCACAGUCUGUUUCUGAAUGCUGCAGAGCUUCAGCUGGAUGGGACCUACUUAACCCUGGAUUCUCGGCAUCCAGUGACAAUCCAUCCCUCCUCGGUCCUUUUCCACUCCAAACCUUCCUAUGUCUUGUAUAAUGAGCUGCUGCACACCUCCAAGUGUUACAUGCGAGAUUUGUGCGUGGUGGAUCCCGAGUGGUUGUACGAGGCAGCCCCGGAAUACUUCGGGAGAAAGUUAAAGGGAGCAAAAACCUAAUGGAUCCCGUUGGUCCCAAGUGCAGCGUCGGACUUCACCCUAUCUGUUGUAAUGAUGAACGCUGUGGGUUUCUGGAGGACUGACAUCCUCCCGGUUUAAGCUGAACAACCUGCCUAGUUUUUUAAAUCAAUUUUAUACGUUUUGCAAAGUGAACCAAUACAAUUUGCUGUGUUGAGCUUUUCUAAAGCAGCAUCCGAUAACGACAGCGACACAAAACUGAAACUACAUCAGGAGGAGGUGUGUUCUGCCCUGCUGCCUGUGGUGCUUUGUGUUGCUGCGGCCUUUGGUCAGGACAUGGAGUGGGACCUGGACUCUGGAACCACUUCAAGCGCAGCUGGAAGGGAUGUAAACAGCAUUGGCUUUUUGUCAUCUUUUGAAUUGUUUGGUCUCAGGGAAGUAUGUGUGUGUGAGAGUGUCUGUGAAUUGCAUGGUCAUUCUUGUGUGUCUGAGAAUUUCAUGUUGAACCCAGUGGCUUAGGGGAGAAAAAUUAAAUGAUCACUCGCUGGACUUGUUCACUCUUUGAUUCUUUAUCCGAGCAUUGUGUUUUCAGCUGUUUGCUUUGUUUAAUUUGAAGGACAUAACUGAGCUUAUUUAACCCCAUUGUCAGACUGGAAGAAGCUGGAGUAGUUUUGCUGCCCAUGGAUUAGGAAACAGGAACAGAAUCCUGAUGCAGAGGAUUGAGAGGCGCUCCCUGCAGUGUGGCCAAGUGCAGAGGAUUGAGAGGUGCUCCCUGCGGAGUGUGGCCAAGUGCAGAGGAUUGAGAGGCGCUCCCUGCAGAGUGUGGCCAAGUGCAGAGGAUUGAGAGAUGCUCCCUGCAGAGUCUGGCUAAGUGCAGGCUGUCCCUGUGAGGAUGCUGGGUUAACCCAUGUGGGCAGUGUGGAAAUGCUGAGUGCUGAUGUCAGAAGAGGAAAGUUAGCCUCACACAUCACUGGUUUUCAGUAUUAAUCAUUCAGGAAGGAUGUCUUUUGGGGAAUUCUAAGCUUCUGAAAAUAAAAUAAUCAGCAUUCUAGGAGAACUAUCCAAACAGAAGCAUCUCCUGCCCUCCAGGUUAACAUCAAUUUUUAACAGAAUCUUUAGUUUCAUUUUUUUUUGCCACAAUUCACUUGUCUGUUCCCCUUCAGGCACCUGUUCUGCCGAGGCAUUGUUUCCUGAUGCUGCUCCUCCUGAACAACUUGAGGAACUGCAGUCAAACGUGAUCCUGUGCCCUGGUGUCUGUGUAUCCAGGCCACACCGGUCAGCGAGAUAACUAGGACUUCCUGUAGAAGGGGUGUACAAACCCUAACUCAGCUCUCUCCAAAACCACAAAGAGCUGUUGCAAUAAAACUUCCCAGAAUGCGAUAUUCUCUGUGCUUGUCCACUUUCAGCAGCGAUUGUCAACCUGUGGGAACUGGAACUGUCUGUGGUGAAACCUUUCUUCAACAAACAGUUAUGGAAACUCUAUCUGUAUUAAAUUCUGAGCUUGGUCUCUUUCCAUUUAGCCUGCAGUGCAGUUUAGUGGGAAUGUCCUGUCAGAGAAGGUAAUUUUGAAUGCUACCUAAAAUCGCCCCUCCAUCCAUAGUCUCAGAUAACACGCACAGGUUUCAAAGAGUAGUGGAAUUAUUGCUGGUGUCCUGCCCAGCCUUCGGUAGUAUCACUCAAAUAUUUAUCUGAUCAUCAGCGCACUGCUCUUUCUCUGAGCUUUUUGUGCCAUCUUUCCUGCUGUAAAGCACUUUGCAAACCUGAAUUCAUCAGUGGUGUUUUAUGAAUGUACAGGGUUUCUGAGCUGUGCUGAUUUGUAUACAAACUGUUGUCCUGCCAAAACUACUUUUUUAGGAUCCCAUUUGUGUGAUGCAGCUUCUGACAGGUGACCUGAGGUUUCUGAGCAUUAAACAGAUCGGGACCGCUAGUGUUUGGGUUGCAGUAGUCGGAUGUGUGUGGAGAUGAAUCUUUGCCGCAGGGCCAGCAAACUGUAAUGGGUCAAUAAGCAUUUGUUGCCAUUUAUCUCGUUUUUCCACAGGUCGAAUAGUCACAAAUGGACCAAAAACCUGACACAUACAUUGUAUAAAAGUUAUGCCUUAACGUGCCUUUACUUAGUACAAGAUGUCAGAUACAAAUUUAACAUUAACAUUUCCUAAAUAUUAAAUAUUUG